AUGUCUACCAAUCCACCUCUGGCGGUAGACCAGCACGACGAUGGGGGGCACGAGGAUGCCGCCAUGAGGAACAGAGAGACCAGUGAAGGAUGGCAUGAUGGGAGCUCUGAGCACGCUUAUAGCCCAUACGCUGCUGCGAGGACCGUCUUUCGCCACCCGCGGGGCGACAAUGAUACCAUGAACUCGACACAAUCGCUCUACGACUCUGACAUUGUAUACAUAAACAUCCACGGUCGCCGCUACUGCAAAAAUUACUACAUGCCUAACGACGAAGAAGAGCAAGUCCGCUCACAAAUGCUCCACUCCGUCUACUUCCACCUAUUCGACCAGAAACUCACCAUGGUCCCCCUUACCAACCCUCGGAAGAUAUUAGACAUUGGCACCGGCACAGGAGAUUGGGCCAUGGCCAUGGGCGACGAGUACCCCGAAGCCGAAGUAAUUGGUACCGAUAUCGCAAAAAUACAGCCAAGUGCAGUACCGCUUAACGUAUACUUUGAGAUCGACGAUGCUGAAGAGGAAGGAGGCUGGACGUGGCCGAAGGAUGAAUUUGACUUGAUACAUUUUCGCGCUAUGCUGGGUGCGUUCAAGGACUGGAGAUAUAUAUACUCCGAGACAUACCAACACCUCAAACCGGGAGGAUGGGUCGAGGUUUUUGACUUUGAUGAUCAUCAAACGCUAAUGACGCAUUUUGAUAAGGAGCUGGAGAUUGAUAAAUUUUUGGCAGCUAUCGCAGAAGCAACGCGAAUAGGAGGCCGUCCACGGUCCUAUACGCAUCUGGAGCCAAAAUUUUUGGCGGAGCUAGGCUUCGUAGAUAUUUCGACGAGUACCACGAUGAUCCCAAUGGGCAGUUGGUCGGAUGACCCGGGGGAGCGACAGGCGGGGAAACACUUCCUCGUAGCACAGCUUUGUGGUUUGGAAGCCCUAUGUUUACGGCCCCUGACUGAGGUCCUUGGAUGGGAUCCUGAGGAGGUGAGAAGGAUAUGUGGGAUUAUUGCCACGGGCGUGAAGGCUAUGGCCCUGGAUCAUGAGAAGGCGAAGGGACUGGGAUUUAAUGUUAGGGUGCUGGUGGGGAGGAAGCCUUUCCCUGAUGAGCUUCCGGCGAGUUCACCGAGUACUCCAAGGGCGAGCACGACUGGCGAUACUAUGGGUGGUGGGUAA